CUCUACGUCGGAUCCAGAUUUGUUGUCUCACUCACCACUGCGUAGCAGACACAAAAUGUCAACGCCAAGUAGCAAAACGAGAGCCCCGCGCACUGUCUUCGAAGAGCAGCGCGAGGAGCUGGUCAGGGAGAUUGCGAAUGGCAUGGAAGAAGUCCUAGCAAACAUCAACCGGCUGAGUCGGAACCUGGACAGCGUCAUUGCGGUCGGUAACGAAUUCGGGUCUGUCGAGGCGCUCUGGUCACAGUUUGAGACUUUCAUGGGCCGAUCACAGGAGGAAGUCGAAGGGAAUCUUCGACAGAAGGAAGAGCAGGAUGAGGGUCAGAGCGAAUUGCAUCAGUAA